GGAGAUAUCACUGGUAUAUUCACUGCAAGAUCAAUCAGCUGCCUUAUGAUGAUAAUCGAGCUAUAUCUAGGACGUUACCUUUUUCCUCUUUCUCUUACUGUCAUACACUUUAGCUUGUUCAACAAGGUCUUACUCGGCCUCUUUCCUAUGACUUGUAUUUUCUCUACCUCGUGUCCAUUACGCACCAUGCGUCGCAAGAAGCAACACGAUCUUGCAGCCAACACUCGUGAUCGAGCCCAAUGGGACUAGAUAGUACAGAUCUUGACUCACUAUUGAAGCAAUCAAGACCCACUUGAUUGGUGUAACAAUUGGCGAGUGGAGAUAAGGUACGCCUUGAAAGGCUUCAGUGGCCGCUUGUCUAGAGCGUGCUUUGGACGCCAGUUACUCGGAAACAUAUGAACAAUUGAAAGGAGACGCUGAUCUCCUCCUGGAGGGAUCAGAGGGGAGGAUCCGUGUUGUAAUCCUUGUCAAGAUUAGCCCACUGGGGCGACAGGAGACAUGUUGCCAGUCUGGAUUUGUCGAAAUCCACGAGUAUGACCAUACCUCGGGGACGAGGAGAAAGAGGGGCCAAAGAAAG